AUGAGCCUUCGAUCAUUCAGCGGAGCAUUGCAGCAGUUGGAGAAGAAGCUCGUAGAUGUUUCGUGUGUUUGUGCUGUGGUGCAUGCUGCUGGUAAGGUCCGAGUGAAGACCAAGAAGCAGAGCGAGAAGCUACGGACCAGAUCUAUCUCCACCAGGAGGCCGACGCCUGGCGGCGAGGGGAGUUUCAAGAGGCUGGACCGCGAGAUUGACGACGGAAAUAAUGCCGCCGAGUUCGUGUUCUAG